AUGACUACGGAGAUUGAAAAAAUCCCACCAGCGUCCCCAAUAUAUGUGGAUACUGUUGAGGAUGAAGACACAUCGGUUGAUUUGAAUACAGAGGUGCGCUAUCGAACUUGGAAGAAGAAUGCACCAUAUUUGUAUGAUUAUUGCUCCACUGUGGGUCUUGUGUGGCCAUCACUUACUAUUGAGUUUCUACCUGACGUUAGAACACUUCCAGAGGGUACCUAUCAACGUCUUCUUUACGGUACUUUUACAAAUCACGCAGCUCAAGACCAGAUGAUCCUUGGACAAGCAUUUUUACCUACUGCAAACCCAACCGCCGACAAUAUCGUCUAUAACCCGGACAAGCAAGAGUAUGAGAUGAAGCUCUCACAGUCUUCAGCUUUCAAAACGAUUCAUCAUAUCAACCACUUCGGUGACGUGAACCGGGCGCGAUAUAUGCCUCAAAACCCUGAUGUUAUUGCAAGUGCCAACCACCUUGGACAGAUAUCUAUUUUUGAAAGAACGAAGCUUCCCAUGCGUCAAGCCGAGGGCGAAAUCAGAAGUCAUGCGCUGUUCAUCCCCACCAAUGCCGUUGAGGGGGAGAUAUUUGCGAUCGAUUGGAAUGCGGCCAAAGAGGGUGAGCUCAUAUCUGGUGAUGCUAAUGGAAAUCUCUAUCUCUAUGAUAUUACUAGCUUCACCUCAGAAAAAUCCAUAAUCAGUGAAAAGCAAUCGAACUAUAUGAAUAUUGGAAUUAAUGACAUUCAAUUCAUGCCUCAACAUCAUUCGUUAAUUGUGAUUGCCGAUGAAGGUGGAACAGUUUCGAUUUAUGAUACUCGUCAAAAAAAAAUCGUUCUAGCGCAUCAAUACGAAACCCUGGGAAUCAACCUGGUGUCCGCAAAUCCGUCAAUUGCACAUUGCAUCGCUGGGGGGUCAUCUGAUGGUGCCGUUGCCGUAUAUGACUUAAGACGCUUUGGGCAACUGGAUCCACCUUUAUACAAGAGCCAACAUCAUGCUGAUUCCAUCACCCAACUCAAAUGGCAUCCACAUCAUCUGAAUGUUGUGGGAUCGAGCUCUCGUGAUCGGCUGGUCCGGUUGUUUGAUGUUGCUUCAAAAAGUCUUUUGUUCAGCCAUGAAGGUCAUAUGUAUGGUGUCAAUGACUUUGAUUGGUCUUAUCAUGAUGAGUGGCUCUUAGCCCUGGUUGGUGAUGACAACGCUCUCCAAAUAUGGCGUCCAAGUCUAUCAAAAUUGUGA